AGUGAUUGAGUAAUGGCUGCCGCCCGCAUGGACUCCUACCUUUUGGGCGGCGGCGCCCUCUUGCUCGCCCUCCACCUCCUCCUCAGCCGGUGGCUUCUCAGCAAGCCCCGGUCGCGCCUCCCGCUGCCGCCGGGGCCUCGCGGCGUGCCCGUGCUCGGGGCCCUCCCCCUCGUCGGCGCAAGCGCGCACUCGAACCUCGCCCGGCUCGCCGACCACUACGGCCCCAUCAUGUCGCUCCGCCUCGGCUCCCACCUCUGCGUCGUCGCCUCCGACGCCUCCUCCGCCCGCGCCUUCCUCAAGACCGCCGACGCGCAGUUCGCCCACCGCCCCGACCCCAUCAGCGCCCGCGACACCAGCUACCAGCGCCAGAACCUGGUCAUGUCCGACGCCACCCCGACGUGGAAGCACAUGCGCAAGCUGUGCAGCCUCCACCUGCUCGGAGGCAAGGCCCUCGCCGACUGGGCCCCCACGCGCCGCGCCGAGUUCCGCCGCCUCGUCGACGCCCUCCGCCGCCUCCACGACGCCGGCCAGCCGGUCCCCAUCUUCGACCUGCUCAUCUGCACCCUCGCCAACGUGGUGGGGACCAUCGCCGUCGGCGGAAGGGUCUUCGACGACCACGGCGACGAGUCCAACAAGUUCAAGGACGUGCUCUCCGACAUGCUGACCGGCGGCGCGCAGUUCAACGUCGGCGACUUUUUCCCCUCCAUUGCGUGGAUGGACCUUCAGGGUAUUCAAGCGAAGAUGCUCAGCGUGCACAAGAGAUUUGACGCCCUGGUGUCGAGGUUGUUCGAGGAGCACCAAAGAACAAGGGAGAGUCGCCGUGGCGCCCCCGACUUCGUCGACAAAGUGAUGGCCAACAAGGUGUCGGAGGACGGCGCCACCAUCUCCGAGGUCAACGUCAGAGCCCUCAUUUUCGACCUGCUCACUGCUGGCACUGACACGUCAUCGGUCGUUGUGGAAUGGACCCUCGCGGAGUUGCUGAGGAACCCGGCGAUCCUCCGCCGCCUGCAGGCCGAGACGGAGGCGGUAGUGGGGCGCGACCGCCUGCUCGAGGAGUCCGACAUCCCCAAUCUGCCGUACCUUCAGGCGGUGUGCAAGGAGGCGCUGCGCCUGCACCCGUCGACGCCGCUGAUGCUGCCCCACUUCAGCCACGAGGAUUGCGAAGUGGGCGGGUUCUUCAUCCCCAAGCACACGCGGCUUCUGGUCAACGUGUGGGCCAUCGGCCGCGACCCCGCCGUGUGGGAGAACCCGCUGGCCUUCGACCCCGACCGAUUCCUCCCCGGCGGGAAGGGAGAGCGGUACGACCCUCUGGGCAGCGACGGCAACUUCGCGUUCAUCCCCUUCGGGGCGGGCCGGCGGUCGUGCGCAGGCAAGCUGGUGGGGAUGCUGUUCGUGCAGUACCUGAUGGGCACGCUGGGGCACGCCUUCGACUGGGAGCUGCCGGAGGGGGAGGAGGAGAUCGACAUGGAGGCAAAGCCGGGGCUGGCGCUCCCCAAGGCCGUGCCGCUCAAGGCCUUCGCCCGCCCGCGCUUGUCGCCGGCGGCGUAUGCUUGAACACGGAGCAGAAUUCCGGCGAACGUUAAUUCCUCGAUCGGCAUAAUGUGUUAUAGCGAAUAAUAGUAAAAAAUAUAAUAAUAGAUCAGCCGAUCAUUUAGAUUCAAGAAAAAAAAGUUUGUGAUUCUAUAGAUAUUUUUAUUGUUCCCUAAGUUUUAAGAUAUGUACCGUCUUAUAUUGUUGCCACAACAAUAUAAAUGGAUUCGGGUUAUUUGGAAGAAAAAAAUUUGUAAACUUUAGUUGUGAAAAUGAAAGAUGGAUAUGCCUAUUCUGCUAUUCUA